AUUUCGUCUCAUCGAAUCGCAAAAUACUCAAACAUAAUCGAGGAUUAUGGGAAUGCUGUUUGGAUCGAUCUUCUUUUGAAAUCUAGUCACCACUAUUUACUUGCAAACGCUGCAGCUGUGUGCAAGUGGAAUAUUUAUCAUUCAUAAUGGCUUCGGCUAGAGUCAUGAAUUGCAUUCUGUACAGAAGACUCGUACCUGUAUGUAGCCUAACAAAUGUACGUAUUCUUUCCCAUUUUGGUGGAUUAUCCAGCAUUCAGCAAAGCGUAUCCUAUAGUACAAAGAGAACACUAACUAAAUCCGAUAGCAAUGAGAAUGAGAAUAAAGUUCAAGUUGGAUUUGCGGAAGUAGUUAGAGAGAACACAAAAUCUAUCGGAUACUUAAGCAUAAUAGUUGGUGGAAUAGGAAUUACAGGUUUAAUGUUCUAUGUAAUUUUCAAUGAAUUAUUCUCCAGUAAAAGUCCGAAUAAUGUCUACAGUAAAGCACUAAAUAUCUGCAUAAAACAUCCUAAAGUGGUAGAUGCUCUUGGAGAGCCUAUAAAAGCAUACGGAGAAGAAAGUCGACGCGGACGUCGAACUCACGUGAGUCACGCGGUCUUCGAAAAGGAUGGGGUGCGACAUAUGAGAAUGAAAUUUUAUAUCCAAGGUAUACGAAGACGCGGCACCGUAAAUUUAGAAGUGCAAGAAAACGAAUCUGGUAACUACGUGUAUACGUACUUGUACGUCCUUAUAGACGAUAUAAUGCGAACUGCUAUAAAAAUAGAAGAUAACAGAGCCGAAUACCAGAAUCACAGCGAUGACACAGAAUUCGAUUUAAGCUAAUAUUUUAAACCCGUCUAAGUAGUAUAUUUUAUACAUCGUAUACAGGUGCAUGUAACCGACUAUUGGCAAUAACAUUUUGAAUAUACUUCAGUGAAUUAACAAAUAAAAUUGUGGUGUCUUAUUC